CCUGAAGAUGGCAGCAUGGGCUUGCAGUUAUUGUUGGCAGUGCUCACUAGGGUACAGCACAUGCCACAGAUGGAGGCUGCAGUGGGGCCAGCUGCUCAGUAUUCACAAGCAAGUUGUACGUUGCAGAAGAUGGAGGCGGCCGAAGAGCUGGAGGACGUAGAAUGCAAGGUGGUGCUGGUCGGCGACUCCCACUGCGGCAAGACGGCCCUAGUGCAGCGCUUUGUGGAAGACAAUUUCGUCGAGGUAUACUCUCCGACCGGAUUCGAGAAAUACGCGUGCAGCUAUACUGUUGGGGACUACAGAAUCCACUUCGAGGUGUGGGACACGUCAGGGACUGAUGCAUAUGAUAACGUUCGACCACUCGCAUACCAGGAUGCCAAAGUAUUCCUACUGUGCUUCAGGGUGAGCGAUCCUGAUUCACUGGACAAUGCCGUGAGCAAGUGGCAUCCUGAAAUCCAGACACAUUGUGACACCACUCCUGUGAUCCUGUGUGGCUGCCAGAGUGACCUGCGGAAUGACAUCGAGACCAUCUCGAGCCUUGCUAAGCAGAGGCGCAUACCAGUCACCUCUGAGCAGGCUGUGAUGGUGAGUCGACAGGUGGGUGCUACAACGUAUGUGGAGACGUCUGCCAAGACAUCCAGCAAGGCUGUGAAGGAUGCGUUUGAAGUGGCAGCCCUGGCUGCUCUUGGCAAGCUGAACAAGAACCACUCUGUGCUUCAGAGAAAUCGCGCAUACACUCAGCAGAAGAGCAAGCUGGACUUGAAGGCUGAGCUGAAGGGACAUGCCAAGAGCUGCAACAUUAUGUGACCCACCUGACCUGCUGACCGGGGCAACAACUGCCCCAUAAUGUGAGCAGCAGGACCCCUGCAGGCAGCAGGUCACACAUAUCAUGCGAGCAAGCAUUCUCACCCUUUGAUUGUGGAAUUCACUAGCUGGUUCGUUCAGCCCUUAGCUGCUUGAUUAGGUGCUGAGUCUAGACUAAUUAUCUGACUAUAAGGAGGAGCAAAAACAAACAAAAAAAAAGGUGUCUCUGUUGCACUCUAUUGUCAUGUGAGUAAGAAGUGUGAGAUGCACCUGUCACCAGUUUGAAUAGGGUGAGCUCUGUCCCUAUCAGUGACUGAGGUAGAGCCAUCUAUGAACACUGCAUUAGCACUAAUAGGAUGUAGGACCUGUCUUGUUUUUUGAUGGUAAUUAUACUCUUUGUUGAAUUUAUAUGUUGAGAAAGUACAGGAACAUGGUAUAGUGUUUAAAACUGGCAAUUUUGAGAGUCGGGCGAGCUCAUCGUUCACCCAUUGAGACAUCCUAGAGUUUUUAAGUCAUUAAAUUCCAAAUGAAAUAUUCGGUAGUUGUUUGAAGUUUGUUAAUAUUUAAAAUGUUUGACGUUUUUGUAUCUGAAGAUAUGUAUAUUGUUUAGAGUAUGGAUCCCCAAGUUUCAUAUUUACCUGGCUGCAAAGACCAGGGUUGUCACUUUCUUGUACUCUGGUAGCACUGGGGACCCAUACUAGUAAUGCGUGCCUGUACAUCGCGGAUGAUGGAGCGGGCCUCCUUCACAGCGCAUUUAAUACAAGCUGAUAUUUUUAAGUAGUGCCGAGUGAAUUUUUUUGGAGCAAAAGCAGAAUCUUAAAGCUUUGGUGUUUUAAUAUGUAGGGUUGGUAGGUGUGAAGAUAUUGUAGGAAUGUUUGCAACAUUUAAGAUGCAGUACCGUAAUUAGUUGAGUUACUUGAGUACUGAUGGAGUAGCUUCGUAAAGACACUUCUGUUAUGUGCAACGUGCUGGCCCACAUGUCAAUUGUACUGCUUGAUCCUGUACAGCCACAGAUGCAGCCUAGGCUGUAGUCCGGAGUCCAGUAACGUGUUCCAACAAUUCAUAUUUAUUCAACAUCUUUAUGUAGCGUCACGUGAAAUUAAAGGAUAGAAUUGCACACCCCAUAACGUGCCGUUCAAUCGAGGUCUCUCCCGAGCACUGCUGUGCUAACCUGCUCAGUUCCAUUGUGUGUUGAUUAGUUGGUGUCAUUGACACAAUAUGACAUUACCAACAUUACGCAAAGUAAUUCUGCCAUGCCUAGGAACAUUAAACUCAUGCUGAAACAUCUUUGCGUCUGCAAAAUAGAGUUAGUUUCAAAAUAAGUUUUCACAGCAAAAAUGUGAUGGUUCACUGUCCAUUUCUUCGUGACUACCAAACUAUAUACUAAAACGCGUGCAUUCAUAUCUCCAACCAGUCGCCCUCAGUAGCGAUGUGAAAUACAUCACAUCCUUGCUUCCCACUCUGUUUAAUUGAAGAUGAGGCGAUGAUGAGAGGAUUAAUAUUAAAGUGGAUCAUGGAACAGGAGAUGGUGGACAGGAUUUAUUUGGCUCAGGACAAGAGCUAGUGGCAGGCUGUUCUGAACAUGGUAAUGGACUUUGAGUGUCCAUAAAAAGCAGGAAACUUAUUUACUACCUAAGCAUACUGUCAGUUUCUCAAGAAUGAUUUUGCUACAUGGAGUAAGUAUAAUUGUCACUAAAAUCAAUGCAGAUACUUCUUGAAUGAUAUCAGUGAGCAGCUAUUUUCUUUUACAGAAAUGGUUCUGGUUUAUAGUAUAAUAACCUAUGAUUUAGAAGUAGCAACUCAUAUAGUGGUUUCAUGAAUAUGACCCAAGUAUUUCUGUUAAAUUCUAAACAAAUUUGCAUAAUUUGGCCUUAUAAAUGCUAAGAUUUUCUCAUAAAAUCACCUUCUCCUACCAACAUUUUGAAUAGUUUAUCGCAGGGAGGGAAAUGUUAUGUGUGUGCAUUUUUAUCAAGUAUGUUUAUGCACGGUGGAUCCCAACUUCUCCAUAUAACCUGUUGAUGCUUGCUGUAAAAUGGUUAAGUUGAAUUCACAGAUUUCUGUCUUGCACAGACUUAGACUACUUGCGUUGGUUUUGUGACUCAUUUCUGAGUUCCCAAAUUGGCAUAGUACUGCUGCAUGGUGACACGUGACAGAAGUAUGUGUGAUUAGAUUCAGUUUCAUGCCAGAGGUUAUUUUUACUGCGGAGGGAAUACUUCCUCCAUUACUAUAGCGUUGUGUACAUUGUCACCGUCACAGUGACUUAUAAAUAAUGAUGGCCUAUGUUUUAUAUAACAUUUAAUAUAAACCAAAGUGUACAUUUGUAAUAAAGCUGUUGCCAGAAUACUCACAACAGUGCUGCCCCCCACUAGGAGGUGGACGGUCUGUUGGGGCAAAUAGAGUUUUGAUAUAUUUUGUUGUAGUAUUUUACCUUAUCUUGUAGCACUAACUUGUGACUGAAUCACUGUUUGCGACAUGCUUGUGUGACCAAGAAUUGUCUUAUUUCUAGAGUGUGAUGUUCUUCUGUAGACAAAGAUUUAAUUAUAACAUAUUUUCCUCCAUAUAUAGUUAAUGUCCAAUGAAAAGAGCGUGGCCUGUAAUGAUGAGUCCAUUUUUACAAGUGGUUUUUAUGUGUGGUGAAUGUAAUAAUGUUAAAUAGCCUACAGGAAUAUCUUUUGGUUACAAUGAGGUCAUUUAUUUUUUACUUUAAGUAUAUUGAGUGCUUUUGAUCACUUUCAGCAGUUUCGUAAAUAUACUUCUGCCGAUGUGCCGGAGUCACUGUUUCAUUAUUUUUGCAAACCAAGUCUGUUUUCUGGAAUAGAAUAAUUUUAUAUCUCGUAACAUGGUUUAGUUGGUACCCCUAAGCCAGCCAGUCUUACUGGCAAAGGGAGGUGAAUCUGAUGUUGAUGAGUCUUAUAGGAGUGGCGGGGUAAAGCGGCAGUAUGUCGACAGAGAAUCGGAAUGUUCCUAUACUUCCGCGCUGACCAGACAUAGAAAUGAAGAAAGUAAUGCAGAAAUUUGUCAACUGAUUUAUUGUCAUUCUCUGGAACUGAUGUGUAUGUGACACUGGAUUUAUUUUCCAUUUUCCUACUAACAGCCAAUUGUGUGAAAAGCAACAUGUUAAGUAUCUUGCAUUUGUUUUUUUUACAUGAUGUAUGCAGUCAAGAUGGGCAUUGCUUAUUAAACAGCAGUUAAUGUAACAGACCUUGUAGGUUGUAAGGAAAGGUUUUAAGAGUAACAAAGUGAUGGCCAAACAUUGCACAUUAAAACUGCACCAUCCAGUAACAUAACAGCCAAUUUAUCGUGUUGUCAUGACGUAAGUUAGAAAGACAGUGUACUAUAUUACUGCCAUACUAUGUAGAAGCCAUGUUUGUUUCAGGGUUCAUGCUAACAGAUUAGAAGUAUGGAUUCCCGCAUUUACUAGACUAGUGUAAGUGUCUUUUGCGAAUCAAAUGCAAAUUGACGGUAAGAUAAAUAACAGUGUUUCAUUAGUAUAGAAUAUUAUCAAGUGUCAUUAAAAUUAUCGAGGUUUAAAUUGUAAUAUAAAAUAGACUUUAUUAUCUGCUGAUUGCUUCUGGGGACAAUUUUUUACUUUUCUGGAUGUUUAAUUGCCUGCAAUGGCUAUUCACUGUAAAGACAUUUUUCCUUAAUGUUGUGAAAUCUUCUUGUUACGAACUUUCUAUACUGAAUAUAAUCUGAAAACGGCUUUGCUAAAAGAGUUCACUUUCUACGCAACUUGCAUAUGUCUACACUGCAGACAGAAUUUUUCAAAUCUAACUCUGCGUUCAGAGACUCUCAGUUCAUUUCCAAAGGUAGAGAUCAACGUAAGGACACGACAUUUGUGUACGUGGGCUGCUGAUCUCAUGGCUUGGCACAUGUGACAUAACACAAGAAAAUAUCUGGAUGUAUAAAGUGAAGCUUUUGCGGCAACUGAAGUUAAUGAAAGACCUGACAGUCUUUCAUCAAAAUAACUGGAUGUUGGGAUAACAGAUAUAAAUGGUUUUAUAAACUGACAUAGUUCACUUCCCUCAGCAAAGUACUGAGGUUCUGAUUUACAAAGCCACUUUAAAAGGGCACAAUAAUUUACUCAUUAUCUUUAAUCCUGCAAUAAAGAACUGUGAAAAAAAUUCCAGAAGUCUUGUGAAAGUGUGUGCAAUCAGUGAUUCAACUGUCUGGUAAGUGUGAUAAUGUGAAAGUGCUUGAUGUUUCUGAGCUACGGUACAUGCGACCACAAGAAACAGUUAGAUGUGAACACUUGUCUGUGUAUUUUAGCAGUUUUGAAGCUUUUUCUCUUCAGAUGACAGCUUGUUAUCGGUGUUUAUCUUUAUAAUGUUCUCCAGUAAUAUGCAAGUAUCAACACACCAGCAGGUUAGGUGACAGACUCUUGAGUUUCAGGCAUUGUGUUCAUUUGUAAGAUUUGAGGUUUUCACAGCGGUGAGUAGUCUGGUCGAUGUUAACUAACGUUUCAGAGGUCAUAUGCAUGUUCAUCACCCUGAUGACGGAGGCAGUAUGAACUCUGAAACAUUGGUUAGCAUCGACCAGACUACACAGCGCAAGAACCCAGAAGACAUUGUGUUCAUUUCAUUAAAACCAUAUGUACGCAGGUACAUGUAAGUACUGGUCAAGAUUUCAUGUACUUACCACCAUGUCCAUCUUUUUUCUCCAUGGUGUGGGUGUUUAAUCAUAAUUAAGAUAAACCACAUCUCGACUGGGAUUAUAAAAUCCAGCAGUAUAUUAAGAUCUUCAGUGAUCAAGAGUCAUCAUGAAAUGUACACGUAGUGUAUGCUUUCUGCCUGAUCAGUUUAGUGUUUUCAGAGAUGGCUCGUUGAAAAAGUGAAAUUGUAAUGAAAUUUGUUCAUGAGUCAACAAUUUGUGGUGAGCAAUUGAACCAACAAAAGCUAUAAUAAUGGAAAUGCUUAAAUUUGCACUCUUGAGAGUGUGUUUAGUGCCAUGGAUUUAGAUAGAAUGCAACCAGAAAGUAAAUAUUACUGUCAGGAACUCAGAAAGAUUCACACCGAGAUUGAUUUUACAGUUUUUCAGAAUAACGUGCUAUGAAGUAAAUUGGUCACCAAAGAAACUCUUUCAGUCUGAGAUAUUAGUUCUAACUUCAGAACCAUUCAAGUUCCACAACUUUGUGCAAUGUUCUUCAUGUAUGCCUUUCAUUUUGGGAUUUCUGAGCCAAUUUCAGGCAUAUGAAAUCUCAACUGGUAUCUCAGACUAUGUAUGUGCAGCUUCACUGAUAAUUAUAAAUGCAAAUGAGAGAGUCGUUGUUGCCUGUACCAAGUAUUUGCCUGGCAGUACUGGGGAAAAUUUCAAGAAGCCUUUCUCACAAUGUAGAUAUAAGUCAUAAUCCACAGUAUGAAAAGUAUAACAGAUUCAGGCUAAAAGAUGGAUUUUCUAUGUCCCGGAUGCUGUGCUGCUGGUCUUAGCGAAGAGUUUAUUAAUUACUAAUUUUUAUUAUUAGGUGCCUUCACAAAAAAUUUGUUUGUGGAUGGUAUGUAAUGUGUGGUUACUUUGUAAUAGCAUUUAUUUCAUCUGUUGUCUUCAUAUGUUCUG